GUAAACAAAAUGGCAGCAGUGCGGCACAAUAUUGAUGCCGCAGAGGCUAAGAAGUUUCGUGACGCCCUCACACGAUUACGUAGUUUUGUAUUUAGAGAGGACGAAAAGACGAAGACAACAUUGAGUCUUCUUUUAGACGAAUCUAUUGCCGUGGACUCUUCUGUAUAUUCAUUUCACAGUGAAUAUGAAGGCAGCGAGACACUGGGCCAUCUGGCAUGUCAAAUACCUCUUCAUUAUGACAGACUUGUCGCUAAGAUGUGCCACUUCAUCUUUAACUUCUGUGUCCAGAAAAAUGUUGUUUUGACCACCCCUGACCUGCAGGUACUGCUCAGGUUUUUGACCGACGGGCUCCAGCGAUGUCCGGAGUUCAUCCAUGUGGACUUGCUGAGUGCUCUGUUUGCUGUUUGUGAGGGGAAUACUCAUCGCAUCCAGAAAUUCCAUGACACUUUGGUAGGCGGUCAAGGUUUACUGCUGCAGCUGACAGACGACACCACAAGGGAGGAGGAGGUGGUAGUGGAAGCAGUGCGCUGUUUGGCCGUGUUCACCUGUAUCAAGCCCAACAAUGCUGAAUGCAUCGAGGUUCGAUAUUUGUCUGCCAGUUUUGACACUCUAGUUCAUCUGUUGCACAGAGCCCCACACUUGACGAAAAUGUCACCGUCCCUCCGCAACAAAUUGCUGACUCAUUGCUUCAGCGGAAUUCAGAACAUUAUGAUGUUGAAGCGACUUCCUAACAUUGAGCUCGGCACUUUGUUUGCUGCAGUUAGGGCCUACAUGUUCUACGGGAUGACCAGCCAGUCUGUGAACAUCCCAGCCCAGCUGUAUCCCAAUGUGGUUACCCCCUUUGAUCCCUUGGCCUCCACCAAAGUUACGAAGUCUGCCACAGGACAGAGAAGUUCAACAACUGCUGAUUCUGAUGAGGUUUGGUCAGAGCGAGGCGGAGGGAAAGGAGGGGAUGCUGCCAUUAAGAACAAGGGCAGAAAUAAGAAGCCAAGAAGAAAGAAAGGUAAAGGAGGCGGCAAUGAGGAGGAAGCUGGGGCCACAGGAGGCCAGAGGGAGGAGAGGAACGAUAGUUUGACCUCUCAGAGAAAUGGAGGGACGCAGAAGACUGGGCCUGCUUCAGACAUCCCUAGUUCAUACGGCGCUGCCUGGAGCGACGUGACCCCAGAGACGGAGGCCAUGAGCUGGGAGAUGACCUACUUAAAGCUGUCCAGCUCAGACUCGGAGUUCUCCGACACAGAAGGGGGGCGGGCUCGUCAGCAGAAGUCAGAGUCAGUGCGAGUUCGUCAGUGUGCGCUCAACUGUUUCCUGAAUAUCGUCAGGAGUAUAGACAAGAAGGUCAUGUUUGGCUACUGGUCGUCCUUCCUGCCUGACCUGGCCGUACACCCGAGCAGCUCGCCCCCAACCCAGUCUCUCUUCACAACCAUCCUGAAGGAUCCCUCUCCCAAGUGUCGCAUGGCAGCCCUGGCCAGUCUGACCAGCAUGCUGGAGUCGACAAAGAACUUCCUGUCGGUCGCAGAGGACAUGUCGUCUCACCAGCCAGCCUUCACCCCGUUCUCCGCCUUGCUUGGGGCCAUCAUCAAAGAAAUGCAUCGGUGCUUGCUGCAAGCUCUGGUGGCUGAGAACUUCAAGGCUGUCCUCACUCAAAUCAUCAAGUGCCUGGCGAGCCUGGUAGCCAACGUGCCCUAUCACAGACUGCACCCCGGCCUCCUGACACGUGUGCUCAAACAGACACGGCACUUCUUUGCGCAUAAAGACCCAAACUUGCGUACGGCAGCGCUGACCUGCAUCGGGGCUAUCGUCGGCAUCAAGCCACCUUUGAUGGAAGUGUCCCAGCUCAUCAAACCCACACAGCCUCCUGUAGGGGUGACGAAGUCUGCGCUUUCUGGUGACUCUGCCCUCUUUCGGGCAGAGGACGCGGCCUCUCUACUGUACCCGAGUUUCCUGAACCAGACAGGGGCCUCGCUGACGGCAGAUCAUCAGUCUCAGUCGACCACAGCUCCGAGCUUACCCGGUGGCAACUCUCUCCUGGGUAAUCCUCCAAGGUGCGAAGGGGAGACGAACACGCUGCCGAACCAAGUUUCAGACUCUAGCGAGAGUACAGUUGUUGCCGGAGUAGGUUCCGACUCACGAACUGGUGCUGCCGUCUCGGAUCUGAGGCAGAGUUUGAACAGGGAGGACGUCGGUUGUGGGGACGGUAAACAACUGUCCUCGUCUGAGGCGGAUGCUGCUGGUCUGAUGCGAGACCCGUUUAGCUCAGGGGAACCAAUGAACCUUUUGUCGAACUCGAUGCCGGAUGGACACCGGGUGAGGAAAACAUCGAGUGCCGAUUCAUCAGAGGUCGUGACCCCAGUACUGGGCACACAGUCGGGCUCAGAGACGCCGGUACUGACCGACCAGAUGUUGCAGGCCCAUGCGCGGGAGACCUCAUGGGUCAUCAAACUUUGCAUGAAGAACAUCAUUGGUCAGCCAGAGUGUCAACGAGACGGUGCCCCAAUGAAGUUUGAACCCCUGCCCAUCAGGCUGGAAGCUCUGCAGGUUCUCACUAACCUAGUCAAGAACUACUUCCCGGUCAUCAGACACAGCCUAAGGCUACUCCAGAGUGUGGUCCAGCUAUGUUUUGAGGAUCCAAAUCACAUCAUCAAGCUACACGGGGCCAAGCUGCUGGACGAGUUGACGCAGGCGCUACAGAGAGACGUGCAGGACGCAAAGCUGGCUCCUUCGCAGGUGGUGCCCACACAACAGAUUCUGGACUUCUGGCUGUUCCUGCUGUCGGGCCCCCUCCCCCAGCUGCUGGCCGUUAACCCGGACCUAUCUACUGAGGGCAACAACCUGGUUCGGUCCGGGGCUUGCGAGUGUAUGGCCAAUAUAGGGGAGGAAAUAUUCGCUCAACUACCUCGUCCGCGACAGAUGCAGUGUGUGACCUUGGUGCUGGGUCUGGCCGGGGAUGAGGACAAGCUGAUCCGUGCGUCGGCCGUCAGGGCCCUCGGCAUCUACGUCAUGUACCCCACGCUCAGAGACGAUGUAGCAUUUGUGAUUGACGCUGCGAAGGCCAUCUUAGUAUGCGUGGCCUCCCCCGGCAACACGGUACGCUUCAAGGCUGCCUGGGCCAUGGCCAACCUGUGUGACUCUCUGGUCAGCAACAAGGACAACAAUCUGGAGGAUUUCAUGUCGGAUUUCCCAAAGCCUCUGCUGCUACAGCUGGUACAGCAGACAGCGGCCUCCAUCAGGGACAGUGACAAAGUGAGCUGCAACGCGGCGCGAGCCAUCGGAAACCUGCUACGCUACCUGCCCCCAGACAGCUUCGAGCAGAUCCAGAUGAUCGAGGCCAUAGACAAGGCUGUCAAAGGGCUCAUAAAAAACAUGAAUUCUGGCACCAUGAAGGUGCGGUGGAACAGCUGCUAUGCUGCCAGCAACGCCUUCCAGAACAGCCACCUGCCCAGCGACAGGCCCUGGGUCAGCGAUAUCCUCAGCAUGCUGUGUCGAGUGGUUCAGACCUGCACCAACUUUAAGGUCCGCAUCAACGCAGCGCUGGGUCUGGCUGCCCCUCCCACUAGGCGGGGCUAUGGGUCAUGUGACACGUUCAGCACUGUGUGGUUGAGUCUGGUCACAGCCCUGGAGACCGCGGAGAACAUCAACGACUUUGCAGAAUAUAAGUACAAGGAUACACUCACCGAACAUAUUUGCAGUGCAGCGCUCCACGUGUUGUCCACCACUGAGGUGGCUGACCUGUCACCUUUGGCCUCGGCUGUCCACUCUAAGGGUCAUGCCUUUCGGUCCUUUAUGGAGAGAUACAGCUCUCUGCUGGGCAGCAAAAAAUCUGUACCAGGCGCCGCGACUGCAGAGGACGUGCUUGCUCACCUAUCGUCACUUCAGACACAAACCACGUCAGAGGAGCAGCGGAGAUGUCUACAGGCAUUGUUGCAGGCCUGUUCUCCCGAUCCAGAUUUGUCCGAGGAAAGACCAAGUGAAGUCACAUCAUUUCAACAAAUUUACGACUAGUCAUCCAUUUUACUGCGAACCACUGUGUGUUUUCAUUUUGCCCCUCAUGCUCCUUUUCAGUGAAAAAUGUCUCAUAAAUUCACAACAUGGACUUUCGUGUGUGUUUCUUCAUACUGAUAUUAGCAUUUCAGGUCAUGUGUUCAUUCCUGUAAAUUUUGGGGACAGCUAAAGGGAGAAAGUUUGUCAUCAGGUCAUCUGCUUAGCAGAAAGGGAGUGUCGUUUUGGAGUCAUGUUUUAUAUAUACCAUUAUACUUAUACAAGUUUCUUAGAAGAGCUUUUACCUAUAAUUUACUCUUUUACAUGGGCAGACUAAAGGUCUUGACUCCUUCCAGCCUUUAUGCACAAUUUGUUCAUUGGAUAGUACUUUGUUCAGUUCUGCUGCAAGUUCUGAGGUUGGCUCGAGAUGUGGGUGAUAUAGGAUUGCGAGUGUGAAGACCCACUUUUUAUCACCCUCUAUCUUUCUUUCUAUUCAUAUUAGAAGUCCUGCUAGGUUUUAGUUUGGUUUGAUAGAGGUUUUGCGGUACUGUCAGUUACCUAGGUCCAUUUAGCCCAUGGGUUAGCGGACUAGGAGUUCUUAAGGUGUGGAAUCCAUUUUAUGUGUCACAACGCGAUGGAAUCAGGUGCUCGUCAAAUUUUUGAACCUACAGAGUUAUUGGUAUCAUCUUACAGUUUGUUCAUUUGUCUUGCUUAAAAUUGUUGAAAAGAAUAGUAAUCUAUCUUGAAUAGAAACUGAGUUGUUUACAUUUCAAGGAGGUACAGUAACCUGGUAGCACAAGUAAAAUUGCGAAAAAAUAGCCGCCAAAGUUUGGUGCCUUGGAAUUUGAAAAUUUACAUUUGUUGUACCUCUAAUCAACGUUUUUCAGUAAAAUCCGCCCAUAAAUGUGUUGUGACAUGGAGGUAAAAGGUGUUGGGCUAAAAAACAAAAAUAAAAAAUUCAAUAAAAAUUAUCUAUCGGGAAAAUGCCGUUUUCUUCGAUUUCAUUAAAAUUUUGCUGAGCUCCUGAUUUCAUCACAAUGCCUCACGUAUCAAUUCAGAACUACUUCCAGGGGAAGUAGAAGGCAUUAUGUUCCAUCUGAACGGAUGAUGAUGUUUGUGAUGUAUUGUUUUACCAUAAGUUUAUGCUCUGUGAUGAUGGCGAAUCUGGCUGAUGAGACAAGUGUGUACCAGAAAUUGUCGGUGGCCAUGAAUGCGAGAAAAGGAUGAAUGUUCUGCUCUCUGUUGCUUAAACGUGUGUGUCUCUUUAGACGUUGCAUCUGCUCAACAGCAAGCUCUAUGCACUUUGCAAUCUGAUCUAUACUAUUGCCCCAGCUAACCUGAUAGCAUUCUGAACCAAUCUUACCUUCUGGGGAAGCGAACAGUGCAAGCUGCCAUAAUUUAUGGGUGCUAAAAUCAUUAACAUUCCUUUUCUUUUUGUCAACGUUUUGAGAAGAGGAUCAAAGAAAAAGAAAACCGGUAGCCUUUGUGGCUUGUGAAACCAACCAUUUGCUUUUUCCCUUAGAAAAGUGAGUCUUGACCAUUGACGUCAUGUUUUCUCUGUUUACCAUUGACCCUACUGCUGCCGUUUAGUUUAUGAUGCCUGUGUACCUUUGGCAAAGACUUUUAUUUUUGCCUUCAAGAAAGUAAAAAAGAAUAUAAGGUCUCUUGUUUUAUAUUUGUAUUUGUUUCCAUUUUGCUUAUCACAUCAAUUUGUGUUUUGUUUGGCUGAAAUAAAGCACAAAUUACUUCCAUA